AUGGAAGCUGCAAAAUGGAUUUUGCGUUAUGUGAAGGGAACCAAUGAUUAUGGGCUGGUGUAUGCAAGAGAACCAAAAGGAAAAUUGAAGGUAUUCACCGACAACAACUAUGCAAGAGACAUAGAAGAUCGAAGGAGUACAUCUGGGUAUGCAUGUCUACUUAGCAAGGUUGCUAUUUGUUGGAGCUCUCGGAAACAAGAUAUCUUAGCACUAUCCUCGACAGAGGAUGGAUACGUGGUAGUCACAAAUUGUGCCUGUCACUGUGUAUGA